UAUGAUUAUAAAUAAAUGAAAAAGAAAAUACGUCACAAUCACGGUGACGUCUUUGUAUUAUGACGUCACAAUAACUUAUAAGGAAAGAAUGCAACCUUCACAACAGAGGCAUAACGUUGAAGUCGUAAGCAGUGAAACCAUAAUGGAAUAAAAGUACAAGAAGAGCAAGGAAUAUUUUGGAAGUUUGGGAGAUUCAGAAAGUGACUGGAAUGACAAUACUAGGUCAGAAUUCAAAGACGGUAUAGCAUACCUAGAAUGGUUAGAGCGACAAAUUCCAUAUCUAGAGGAAUUUGAAUCCAGUGAUGCGGUUCAUCACUACUUUUUCCGGAGCUGGAGCAAACAGAGAUCAUACUUUCCCGAAAUGGAAUCUUUAAUUGAAAAAGAAAUUGAAAAGGAAGAUAGUGUAAGUUUGACAGAUGACUAUGCUGAUGGGCCAGUGAAUGAACCGGAAAAGGUGUGGGAAAAUGGAACAAAGCCAGAAUUCAAAGACGGGAGACAACUUGUGGAAUGGCUUGAAAGAAAAUUGCCCUAUUUUGAGCCCUUCGCUCCCGAGGACGCUGUGCAUUACUAUUUCAACAGGCAGUGGAGUCGGCAAAAAUCUGAACUUAAACUCGAGACUUUACAUGAAGAAGACAAUGAGGAGGAGAAUGUCGCUGCUGACCAGUGCAGUCAUAGAGAUGACCAAAGCUUAGAGAAUAAAGAUGACAGAAAUCCUUACAUCAAAAUGAUGGCGAGCCCUUUGUUUCUGGAAGGACUUAAUUUUAAGAAAUCUGAGUCACAUGGAGAUGACGCCCAGGGGAAUGCUACCAAGGAGAAAGACAUUUUUAUGAUGCAGUUUACCAAUGGAUGCGAUUCUCUAUUUGGUGGUAAAAUGUUGAGCAUUGUCAAGAUAGCAAAAACACAAUCUAAGCUCCACCCACUUCUACAGAAGAAAAAUAAGGGGAAGAGAGAUCAUUUCACAAAUGAGAAGAAAGGGAAGAAAAUCAAAACAAAGAAGACGAUAUUUUCAUUUUUUCGUCGUGUGUUUGGCUAAUGUCUGAGACAUCUGUAAAAUAACUAUAGAAAGAGAAUGUUCAUCUAUUUAUAACUUUUUGAUGUUUUGUAAUACAUUCGAACAUAUUUCGUUUGUUUUCUUUAAUUACUUUUUAUGGCAAAAAAAAUAAGCACUCUAUCAUUUUCAUUUUAAAGAUAGAGACAAUUUUUUUCGGUAUCAUUCGGAGAAAUUCACCAAAGGCAGUGACAAUUUUUGCAAGACUGAAAAUAACUUAUUGUAGAUUUAGCUAAAGAAUUUUAUAAAUGUGAAAUAGAACUUGAUGCGAUGAACUGUCAAUUUACCACACACACUCAAAAACAUACAUGGAAACAAACGUUUUAACGCUUCUCCCUGUAAGGAAUCAAAUGUCGUUUCGGUAAUUAACUUACUUAUCAUGGCAGUAUAUUGUAAACAUGUAGGUUUGAUUAUAAGGUAUGUUUCGCUCAAAUGGGUUUUAUUCCAAUAAACUGGAGAAAAUGG